AUGCUAUUUUUGAAACUUUUGGUGAGGACACUUGCUUGUGUGGCAGCUGUUCUUGCUAUUGAUAUAACCUCCCCAAGAAUUGAUAGAGGUGUUGUCAACCUUUCCAUCGGAGACAUCACGAUUGAAUCCGGAGCUUACUGGUCCAUCGUAGACAAUGCUGUAUCUGUACUUGCUGGUGACUUAGAUGUCAAGGAUGACGCUGGAUUCUACAUUACUUCGACACAGAGUUUAAUUGGCUUAUCUGUUACCCUUGCUUCUGGAUUGGGAUCGAUCACUAAUGAUGGUAUAAUUGCAUUUAAUUCGGUUGUCUCGUUGGUUGCUCCAAAUUACAACUUGAUUGGUCUCUCAUUCACGAACAACGGAGAAAUGUACUUGGGUACUAACGGCUCUGUUGUUGGUGCUCCACCAAUUAACCUCGUUGCCCCAAGCUGGACUAACACAGGUUUGUUGGUGAUCUACCUGCAAACAAGAAGUGCAGAUGGUAUUGUCAAUCUCGGAGGAACUGGAUUGGUUAUUCAAAACAAUGGUCAGAUCUGCUUAACGAAUGAGCUUUACCAAGCUUCCACUCAAAUUCGUGGUACUGGUUGUAUAACCGCAAAUGUAGACUCUACUGUUUUCUUGGCUAAUGGUUUGUUAGGCGUUGAUCAAUCACAAACGUUUUACUUAGCUGACUCCAGAUCAUCUAUUAGAGCUAAUGCUGUUGCUGUUCCUCAAACGUUCACUAUUGCUGGUUUUGGUAAUGGUAACAUUAUCGGUUUAGAUAUUCCACUUGCAACUGUUUUUCCGCUAAGCUCGUGGAGUUAUACCUCAAGUACUGGUAUCUUGACACUCAGAGGUCUUGGUUUAUUGUCUCAAAACUUCAACAUUGGUCCAGGAUAUAAUAGCAAUUUAUUUUCGAUCACAACGGAUAGCAGUCUUGGAUUGGCCAGUGUUCCUUUAGGUGGCCUCACUUACAGUGGUCCAGUACCAAAUGCAAUUCCUUCGAACUGCCAACCUUGCAAGAAUUUGCCUAGUGCACCUGGUACAUCUGCAAGUGUCACUUCCACUUCUUUCACUUCUACCAAGUCUGAUGGAUCAAUUUGUACUGAUGUUGAUCAAAUCCUCAUUUCCACCGAUGCACAAGGUUCUUGGUUCACAUCUACUUCACUUGUAUCUGAAGUUUGCAGCACUAUCCCUAACUCUCAGACAACAGAAACGUCUACUUGGACCGGAACUACUACUAAG